AUGUCCACCAGGCAGAUCAUCAAGGCGGCCGGCGGCUCUGCCGUCUUCUCCAACGUCGUUGUCACCGGUAGCCUCGUGUACCUUGCAGGCGUGAUUGGGCAGAAGGACGGCAAGCUCGUCCCCGGCGGCAUUGAGGCCGAGACCCCUGCCGCUUUCGAGAUCGCCAAGGAGCGCCUCGCGACUGUUGGACUGGACCUCACUGACAUCGUCAACGUCACCAUCUACCUGAACGACUACAAGAACAACCUCGCUGGCUUGAACAAGGUGUACCCAGCCAUCUUCGCGGACGGCCUGCCCGCGCGCACGGCGAUUGGUGUUGCUGCGCUUCCCCAGGACGCUGCUGCCGAGUUCCAGAUUGUUGCCUCCAAGCGCGUGUAA